AUGUCUACUAGCAUUGGAUCUCAGGUGCGUCAGGCAGCUACUUCGGUAGAUUCCAUAGUUACAGACUAUGCUGUUGGAUAUUUUAAUAAUUUAUCGACUAUAACAUUUGAUGCAGUUCAAAGUAAAACUGUGGAUUUAUCAUCUGAAAUUGAUUUCGUCUCAUCUUUACUAGUCGAUGCUGGUGCUUCGAAGGAAAAAGUGGACAAAUUGGCUUCCGAUCUAUUGGAGAGGCUGAAUGUACAAUUGAAGGAAAAUCAGGCAAAAUUGGAGAUCACCGGUGAUACCUCCAAGAGAUUACUCGAUAUCAAUGUUUUGCAAACUCACAACAGUAAGGCUAACAUUAAUACAUCCCUGAACAUGCUGGGUGUCAAUAAUGACAUCGAACAUGCUGGAAGAAAUAUGGAUACCAGAGUGGACCUAAAGAAACUUGCGAAGGCUGAACAAAAGAUUGCCAAGAAAGUGGCCAAGAGGAAUAACAAGUUUGUCAAAUAUGAGGCAUCUAAACUGAUCGAUGAAAAGAGGGAAGAAGAUUAUGAUUCAUUCUUCUUGAAGAUUAACCCAUUGGACUUUGGUUCGGCUGCAGGUAAAUCGAAGGACAUUCACAUUGAUACUUUCGACUUGUAUGUUGGUGAUGGGCAGAGAAUCUUAUCGGAUGCUCAAUUGACGUUGAGUUUUGGUCGCCGUUAUGGUUUAGUCGGUCAAAACGGUAUCGGUAAGUCUACCUUGUUAAGAGCAUUAGCAGGAAGAGAAUUAAACGUUCCAAAACACAUUUCUAUUUUACACGUCGAACAAGAACUAAGAGGUGAUGACAACACAGCUUUGCAAAGCGUUUUGGAUGCAGACGUUUGGAGAAAGCAAUUAUUAAGUGAGGAGGCGAAGAUCAAUGAAAGACUUCAAGAGAUAGAAGAGUUGAGAACGGAGUUUGAGGAAGAAAGUUUGGAAGUUAAGAAAUUAGACAACGAACGUGAGGAUCUGGAUAAACAUUUAGAACAAAUUUCCGAAAAAUUGGUUGAUAUGGAGUCUGAUAAAGCAGAGGCUAGAGCCGCAUCUAUUCUAUAUGGUUUAGGUUUCAGUACAGAUGCUCAGCAUAAGGCAACUAAGUCGUUCUCAGGUGGUUGGAGAAUGAGACUUUCUUUGGCAAGAGCACUUUUCUGUCAGCCUGAUUUAUUGUUGCUGGAUGAACCUUCCAAUAUGUUGGAUGUUCCAUCCAUUGCAUACCUUUCAGAAUACCUUAAGACAUAUCCAGCUACUGUUCUUGUGGUGUCGCACGAUCGUGCCUUUUUGAAUGAGACUGCCACAGAUAUUAUUUACCAGCAUAAUGAGAGAUUGGAUUACUACAGAGGACAAGAUUUCGAUACGUUCUAUGCCACUAAAGAGGAAAGAAGAAAGACUGCUCAAAGGGAAUACGAUAACCAGAUGGCCUACAGGAAACAUAUGCAGGAGUUUAUUGACAAAUACAGAUACAACGCAGCUAAGUCGCAAGAAGCUCAAUCUAGAAUCAAGAAAUUGGAGAAAUUGCCUAUCUUGGAGCCACCUGAGCAAGAGAAGAGCAUUAGCUUCAAGUUCCCAGAUUGUGAGAAACUUUCGCCACCUAUUAUUCAACUACAAGAUGUCUCUUUUGGGUACAGCGAAGACGAUCUACUUCUGAAGGACGUUGAUCUCGAUCUUCAAAUGGAUUCACGUAUUGCUCUUGUUGGUGCUAAUGGUUGUGGUAAGACAACCCUACUGAAAGUUAUGAUGGAACAACUAAGACCUCUGAGAGGUUAUGUUUCCAGAAAUCCUAGACUACGUAUCGCAUAUUUCACUCAACAUCACGUCGAUUCCAUGGAUUUGAACUCGUCAGCCGUUGAUUGGAUGUCCAAAAGGUUCCCUGGCAAAACUGAUGAAGAAUAUAGGCGUCACUUGGGUUCUUUCGGUAUAACGGGAUCCUUGGGUCUUCAAAAAAUGCAACUCCUUUCCGGUGGUCAAAAAUCUCGUGUUGCCUUUGCUGCUCUGUGUCUAAACAACCCUCACGUUCUGAUUCUGGAUGAGCCCUCUAAUCACUUGGAUACUAACGGUAUCGAUGCUCUUGUGGAUGCUUUGAAGAACUUCACUGGUGGUGUACUAAUGGUUUCACAUGAUAUAUCUGUCAUCGACAGUGUUUGCAAUGAAAUUUGGGUCUCAGAGAAUGGUACGUCGAGAAGAUUUGAUGGUUCCAUUCAUGACUAUAAGAAGUAUAUCCUAGAGUCUGCAGACAAUUCAGGUGUGGUGAAGAGACAUUAG